GGCGUGAACCAGACCUUGGAUAAAGAUAUAUCAAGAGUAGUUUCUUGAUCUUGUGCUUUCUUUUCUUUUUCUUGUAGUGUUUUUAUCUUUAACUCAUUCGCAUCAAUACAUCCUCAACUCACCGCCCGUAUUUUGCUAGCUUCCAGGACAAUCUAAAGCUUACAAAAUCCUUGGACUUGGGCGCAUUUUCCUAAUAAUUCGAUCAUCCUACCCGUUUACACAAAGAAGUAAUGAAGAUGGACUCUUUGACAUCAAUGAUUGUUCUGAUGACGAUGACGAUGUGUAUUGGGCUCGUAGCUGGAUAUGGAGGAGGAGAUACAGCGCAGAAAUUUGGGUGUCCGCAUUUUCAAGUAUUUGGACAUUGUCGAUGGAUCGAGAACAUCGGCAAUGGAUAUGUAACGUGGAAUCUCGCUAGUGCUCCACGUUACGGGCCUGGCUAUUCCUGUCGAAGUAUAGAUACGGCAUACUGUUGUGAUGACCGGAAGGAAAGCCAUGCUACCCUCGGUAAUGGAAUACAAGCUUGGAAUGAUGUCGCCGAUUUCGUCAAUGGCUACCAUUGUGUGGCUGCAAAGACUCACUGAAAAAUUAAAAUACUGCCAACCUCCACUUCAAAGCGGUUUGUCAGAUUGCAGGUCCUCUUCCUCAAUUGUUCUCUCAACCUAUCAUUCCUGGAGUGACUUGCGUAUGCAGUCCCAUUAUCCAUAAUCGCUGUAUUUCAUCAUGUUCCUCUUUAGCUUUCCAUUCUCACCAGUCCUGUUCAGCCAUAACAGCCGCGUGUUUUUUGUGCAAUCCAACUUGGACAGACAUUCCAAUCUCAUUCAAUUUCUAGCUUCUUUUCUCCAUACAGUCAUGAUGCCGAGUACUCAGUUGAGUGAGGAACCUGUUGUGUCCAGAAAGCAAAUGUUUUUUCAAAAAAUCCUGGUGUAUGGAGUUGAGGGUUGGUAGAAGGAACAUGGGUUCCAUUCAUGAUCACCUGAUGUUCAUGAGUACUAGUAUUACUAUAAU